UUUCUCAAGAUGCCCUGGUUUGUUCUUCAAUACAACACCCGACUUCAUGUAACAUUUCCAAACUACGGCCGUCCUGCAGCCUUAGGCGAAUGUGCUGUUGAAAAUAAGGUGCCGUUUACCCGAAAGGUUCGCCUCCCACCUUCAGUGAAUUCGUCUAUCACGACAUCAAGCGAUCUUCGUGCGGAAUUCCUAUCCUACUUUAAGGAAAAGGGUCACGUCAUGGUCGCACCCUCAUCUGUUUAUCCCAGGCGCCUGGAAGGCAGCUACUUCAUUAAUGCUGGUAUGAAUCAGUUUAAACCGCUCUUUCUUCGAAAUCAGAUCUGCCCUUCAAAUUCCGACUUAGAGUUCUCACGUCUUACUAGAGCAGUCAACUCACAGCCAUGCAUUAGAAUUGGUGGCCGUCAUGACGAUCUCAACGAUGUAGGCUACGACACUUGUCAUCACACCAUGUUUGAAAUGCUUGGCAAUUGGUCUUUUGGGGACUACGGGAAGGAAACAGCUUGUCGUCAAAUGUGGCAGUUCCUGACUGACGUUCUCGGCCUGCCCCCGUCGUGCCUCUAUGUCACAUACUUUGGUGGCUGUGAAGAGUUGGCACUGCCUGCCGAUGAUGAGACGCGAGAUAUCUGGCUCGAUAUUGGUAUUAGCGACCAAAAGCUCGUCUCAUUUGGAGCUGAAUCUAAUUUCUGGCGAGCAGACCAAGGUAGUGGCGGUGGUCUCUGCGGUCCCUCAACUGAAAUUCAUGUCGACUUUGCUGCACUUUCUGGUCGUGGAGAUCCCAACUGCGCUCGUUGUAUGGUCAACGCUGGCGAUGCUAGAGUGGUCGAGCUCUGGAAUUGCGUAUUCAUUACACAUCGAAUGGUCGAAGAGGCCGGCUCCCGAAUCGGCCUUGUCCCACUGCCAUGUCUCUCAGUGGAUACCGGCAUGGGGUUGGAGCGUCUUGCAUCUGUUAUGCAGGGUACAAUGACCACCUAUGACACGGAUGCCUUUCUGCCUCUCUUGAAUUUUAUUCACUCUGAAGCACAACGCAUUACAAGCAAUUCCGUACCUAGCUACAGCAGCCAGUAUAUCCUCCCUGAAUUGAGCGAGGACAACUCAUCCAACCCGUUGGUUGGGCGAACCAUAGACCAAGAGGCAACAGCCAAACCCAGCAGGCUCUCUAACAUUUUGAGGGCGUUCGCUCUUGGCCACAGGGAUUCAGCUACGUUGCCUGCCACGAAAGCUCGUCCAAUUAUGUCAGAUGGAGGGCCAGUGGAUUACGAAACACUCCACCGCGAUAUUGCCUAUCGCCUUGUGGCCGACCACAGUCGUGCUCUCAGUGUCGCCAUGCAGGACGGUCUGCUGCCUGGGAGGCAGGGUAUCGGGCUAAAGUUGCGCCACCUGAUUCACCGCUCAACGCGAGCUGCUGUUCUCACCGGCCUCGAUUCUGCCACCCAACCAACUCUCUUGCAAAAUCUCGUCUCUCGGGGUUUCUCAGCUGCUCCGUUUACACCAGAUAUCGAGGGUCCAUCGGCUCGUUCUCCCACACCCGCUCUUUCUGCGAAACAAAUGGGUGAAAUCAUUAAUCAAGAGGUAGCCGGAUUUGUUCGUCGGCUAGGCAAAUUGGAGGACGCUUUUCGCGCCUGUCUGAGUGACGGAAAUGACGGAGAUGCGUUAACACCUCAUCAGGUCCGUGGGCUCAUGUCAGGGCGUUACGGUGAGCCAGUUAGUUGGGACAUGAUUUGUGCUCAAUCUCGCUGGUACGGCCUCAGGACGCCCAUUGAGCCCUCUUCACCGACCUCCCCUUCUGAAACAGCGGGGCAACCCAAAUCACCAUCCGCACCCACUGCCACCAAACGUCUCCGCACCAUCCUCAAGGCCUCGCCUGUCACAAACGACAGCAAUAAGUACCACGUAGAGCGUGUUGUUCAGUCUGGAUUCAGCGGCGCUUCACUCGCACUCGUCAAUCUUCCUGGCCGAUGUGCUCCCCUAUCUGCCAGCAUUAUAGUGGAUUUUUUUGUCCUUAUAGCUGUUCCACCACUGAAAUCUAAUCUGGUAGCUCUGGUCUAUGAUGACGCAGCCGAUCCCAAGCUAGUUAGUGAUCCCAUAGAUUUCCUUGAAGUGAUUUCUGCUCAGAAGUUGGUAGGAAAGCGUCUGGGGCUGCUUUUUGAUCGAACAAACUUCUUCAGUCCGUGUGGAGGACAAGCCAGUGAUGUUGGAUUCAUAAAAUCCCCAUUAAGUCAGAAACCCGUUUUCCAAGUGUCUUCUGUAGAAAAAAUAACCGAGAAUGACUCAACGGUAUCCAGCAAAGGUUGGGUCAUUCAUUGGGUGACUUGCUGUGAAUGGAAUGACGAAGACCUUCCAUUGAAUUCGCUCAUUCUUUGUCCCGAUUCGCAAGUGCGUUUGAGUCUAAUGCAGAAUCACACAGCUCAGCAUUUAUUGAACUGGGCCUUUUCGGUUGAAUUGCCCAUCAGAGCUGCCUGGGUUGCCGACGCAGAACGGGAUACGCCGGCCGAGCCCCGUCAAUCGGCCACCACCAUCUACCACGGAAGCCGUGUGGGUUCUGAUCGGUAUUCCAUUCGCCUCACUCUCCUCGAGACCCCGGAGAAAUUGGAGGCGAUCGUUGAAAGGGUUGAGGCACGUUGCCGCGCGGCGAUUGAGGCGAAAUUGCCAAUUGUUUGCCAAGAAAUGGAACUUGCGGAUGUCGUAGAGAAGUCAUUUGUGAAGCGAUUUGCCUGGGAGUCCUACCCUCAAUUGGUUCGUGUGGUUUGCAUUGGAGGUGACAUAGAAACAAUAGGAAGAAGUAUCGACAGCCCAUCAUCUCUUUAUUCUGCCGAACUUUGUGGAGGCACUCACGUACAUCAAACCAAUGAUCUUGUGGACGUGGUCAUCGUUGGGUUACGAUCUAGAAAUCAAGCUGUUAAGGAAUUUGUGGCCAUAUCUGGCGAGCACGCGGCCAGAUCACGGAGCUGUGGACAACAGAUGCUUUCAGAGGUGUCCAACAAAUUAGACGCUAUUCAGGAGGCUUAUACACAGGCUGACUCGGCAGAUAAGCUCCUGGUUUGUGCCGAGGAUCUCAUUUCGCUACAAUCGCACGCGGAUCUAUUGACGGGUGGCUCUGAGGAGGAAUUACCCUUCGUUCACCGUUGUACCCUAGGCCGGUACCAAAAACAUAUUCAACGCAUGCUUGGAGAAAUCAGGAACGCUAUGAGGAAGUUAAACGACACUCCCGCCUUGGUAGAUCCUGUUAUGGUCGGCCAACUCAGGAAGUUGCUGAAGGAGAGGACACUGCCUCCUACCUCGGUUGUCGUUGAACCUUUUAAUAUCACUAAUUAUAAGAAGGUACGAAUGAGCUUUCUUGAAUGUUGCUCAGUGUUUUUUCACGUCCACUCUUCGGUGAAACCUACCAUAAUGCUUGUGAAAAGCCUUAAAAUCCUGUUCACGCUGGCCAAAUUCCAAUUUUUUGCUCAGUCAAUAUUCUAUGUCUUUCCAAGGGAACCAAUCGUUCUCUUUCACAAAGCGUCGGCCGUGCUUUUCCACCCUCAGGCCAAGGCCGUUGACUGGGCAAAUGGGGCUGCACGGUGGCUUGAUUUGUCUGACUCGGGGCUUGACCUCCGGGUGGAGGCUUUCAAGGAGGUGGAUCCAAGUUGCCCUGGAAAUCGCCUUGCAAUCCUUCGACUGGUCUCGCUCAAAGGUCAACGUCAACAUGACUGGCAGCCACACUUUUCCAAACUCUCUCAUUCCGUCACUGCCGCCUUACCUUGA